AUGAGCCGAGGACUGUUCCGUUAUGAUGUCACAGCCUGUGAAACAAAGGUGAUCCCUGGGGAGCAUGGCUUCAUAGCACAGCUCAAUGAGGGACGCCACCUCAAAAAGCGACCAACCGAGUUCAGGGUCGACCGUGUCCUCCAGUCCUUUGACCCCAGCAAGUUCAACUUCACCAAGGUCGGUCAGGAGGAGGUGCUAUUCCGUUUUGAGGCCAGUGCAGAUGGCAAAACUCAGUACUUUGAGAGAGCCCUUGUUGACAAGAAUCAUUCUCCGAGUGUUCUGGCAAUAAACGUGAGCCCAAUUGAGUAUGGUCAUGUGUUGCUCAUUCCCCGUGUGCUCGAUUGCUUGCCUCAGAGAAUUGACCCAGAGAAUUUCUUGCUUGCCCUCCAUAUGGCUGUCGAAGCUGGGAGCCCUUAUUUCCGGCUCGGAUAUAAUAGCUUGGGUGCAUUUGCCACUAUUAAUCAUCUUCAUUUCCAGGCAUAUUAUCUAUCAGUGCCGCUUCCAGUUGAGAAAGUUCCAACACAAGCAAUACCCAUUUCUAAAGGUUUAGAGAAGAGUGGUGUGAAGAUAUCCUAUUUGUUGAAUUAUCCAGUGAGGACCUUGGUUUAUGAGGGUGGGAACAGCUUGAAAGACCUUGCUGAUUUGGUUGCGACCUCCUGCCUUUGUCUUCAAGAAAAUAACAUCCCAUUCAAUGUGCUUAUUUCUGACUCUGGCCGGAGGAUCUUCCUCUUCCCACAAUGUUAUGCUGAAAAACAGGCUCUUGGAGAAGUGAGCCAAGAAAUCCUGGAUACUCAAGUGAACCCAGCAGUGUGGGAGAUUAGCGGUCAUAUGGUGCUCAAGCGAAAGGUAGACUACGAAGGCGCAUCGGAGGAGUAUGCUUGGAGAAUCUUGGCCGAGGUUUCACUCUCCGAAGAGCGGUUUCAAGAAGUGCAAGCUUACAUAUUCAAUGCUGCCGGUCUGGUGGAGUCUGGAAAGCAAGAAAAUGACGCAAAUGAGAAGAAAACUCCGAUACCGACCUCACAACCACUGCCAACUCCUUAUCCAGAAAAAUGUCUGGUUCUGCAGUGA